AUCAACACACCGGUGAGGCGACGGAUCAGAUCGAUCGAAUAAUUAUUAUAUGUAUCUGGGUGACAUAUUUCCUGGCAUCAGCUGAUCUUCAAGCAAUGCGAGAUUUAGUCCCGUCUGCGUUCCUCGGGGCACUCAGAGCUUAUGUGGCCGACGUUCUUGCAGUUGUGGCAGGCCUUGGGCUGGGGGCAGUCCUUGUUGACGUGGCCAGUGCCCUUGCAGUUGUAGCAGCUCUUCUCCUGGGGGUUCGAGCAGUCCUUGCUGAGGUGUCCAAAUUCACCGCAGCCGUAGCACUUGGGGCCGUUCUGGCAGUCGCUGGCAAAAUGACCGUACUUGUCGCAGCUGUUGCAGCGCUUGCAUUCGCGGGCGUAGUGGCCGUGCUGGCCACAGUUGUGGCAGGCGGGGCCGGGACCACCCUCACCGAAGCGGCUCUGUCCAUCGCUGUUGGUGCACUCGCGAGCAAAAUGGCCGCUUUCAUUGCACUUGUAGCACUUGGUCUGCGUCUGCGUUCUGUCGUAGGGCUUCCGGCUGCUGAAGCCGCUGGGGCAGUUGCGUUUCUAUGGAACAAAAAUAAUGAGAUGCAUUUGGACCAUUCAGACCAUUCAGUGUUGGCUGCUUGUAAACCCGCGUCAGUGCACUAAUCAACACAAUCGUAUGGUUCUGUUUACCUCGUGUCCAGUCUUUCCGCAGGAGUGGCAGGCUCUCUCA